GACGUGCCAGUUCAAACCGUGUUCGCAAACCCUCACACUUUUUCAAAACUCCGAAGAUUGCGAUUGCAACAAGCUAGCUAGCUAGCUAGUAGCAAGAUCAGCAGAACCACUAGAUUCCUGGGUCUGCUAUUACAAGCGUCAAACUCCACCAUGACGACCAACAGCUACUAUGCCACCGUUGCUUCUAUUCUAAGUGAAAUGCCAAUCAUGGAGAUGAAUCCGGUUACAGUCGUUCUUGGCGUUAUUGUUAUUCUCCUGGUGCUGUUCCUUCUGGCCAUGGCCUAUGCGGUGUACACUCACAGGACUCCGAAACAUGUGGAUAUCAAGGCAUUAAAGGCACUCCAAGUCCCCAAGGACUCUCUCUUUCGUAUCUUUCAGCCUCAUCUGGUACCCAUGGACGAAAUCAGCGCCAGAGGAUACUCUUCUGUCCUUGCCAUUGUCCAAGAAUGCAUCGGUGUUCAACCCACCUGUGAUACCGUCUUGGAGAUCUGGAAACCAGCCUUUCAAUGCUACAAUUUGAUUGUCCCCCACUUUCUCAAUCUACCCGAACUACUACUGCCUGGAUAUGACCUUGUAGACUUGGUACCCCUGUCCAUGUAUGUGUCCUCACGGGCCAAUGAAUGCACCUACUGUACCAGUCAUUGCUGUUCCUUUGCCAUGAGACGAGGAGUCGAUCCGGCCACUUUGCGAAACUCACUCGAGGCAAUUUUGAACAAGGAUGCUGCCACCAAGGUGACACCGGCCGAACGAGCAGUAAUUCGAGUAUCCUACGGUCUGGGCACGGUGCCAGCCUGUCUCAAUAAAGAGGAUGUUCGGUUGCUCCAAGAGACUCUGAAAAAGCCAGGGCAAGAGGAAUGGAUUGUGGCGGCUGCUGCCAUGUUUGGAGCCUUCAACAAAUACAUGGAUGGAUUGGCCAUUCCUUUGGAGGCAGAUGCCUACGGCGAAACUAUGGAACACAUCGACCCAAAAUUUGUUCCCUCCAAAUCUGCCACGCUUGGACUGGCAUUGAACGACCCGAAGGCAGCACUGCCGGUGCCACCCAAGGACGAUUGGACACUGCAAUUGGCCAUUAUUUACCAAGGGUUGCGUCCAGGUGGAGCGGCCUCGUUGGAUUCCAAAUUGGCGAAGGGGGUCCCUACCAAGGUGGAAGAUUGCAUUGCCUUUUUGAAGGACUUGACCGGGGCAACCUUUCCGGUGCUGCGAAAGCUGCAGCACGCUCGCUUGCGACGGGCUCUGACGGCUAUUCUCAGCAAGAACUUUGUCUCGGAUGGGAUUGCGUUGUCGACCAAAGUAUUGGCGGGGAUCCAAUACUGCGGUCAGUUGCAGAAUGAACAGUUGAAGUCAGAGCUGCAGCAAGUCUUGGCCAGCGAAGUGGAAGACAAAUAUUCCAAGAGCAACAACAACAAAGCGUUGCUACUGAAAGCAGCAAAGGCUUUAUCUUACAAUCCCAGUCGCAUGACGGAGAGCAUUAUUGAUGAAAUUGAAGCUUCCUCGAUUACAGCCGAGAACAUGGUCGAGCUGGUUUCCUUUCUAGCCGCCCUUCAAGCCUUGCACAGGUUUGAAAUUUACUUUCAAGUUGCAGAGGAGAACUAAGUACAGUAGUGCAGAAUGUUGGAGGCGAAUGGAAGCUCUGAGGUUCACCAAUAAAGCUACAGUAGCUACUUCUUACUAAAUAAUAGACGUGAAAAUGUUGAAGCCGAUG